CAGUUCAGGCCCCUCGAGUUUGAAUAUCCGUUUUGAAUCCGUCAUUUCAACAACGAACUCUUUUUCUCACUCCAUCAAGUGAGAGUUCAAGACGUCCUCACCUCAAGAUCAUCUGCAAUAGUAAUCACGGCUUCAAGGAACCCCACGGCCUCUUUGGGUCAUCUUAAAAGUCGCCGUCUUUCAACCCUCUCCUACCACCUCAACCACACCUACAAACCACCACCAUCACCACCAUCUCCAACAUCCAGAACAAUGUCCACCCUCAAACGCAAAGCCGGCUCCUCCCAGCCCGGCUCCUCCGACGCCAAAAAGCCCAAACAAAACGGCAACAUCAUGUCCUUCUUCGGGGCGCCCAAGCCCGGCGGUCCUCUCAAUUCCUCUCCCACAACCACAACCCGAUCGACGACAACCCGCAGCCAGAGUCAGAGUCAGCUCAGCAACGGCAACAACAACAGCAACAGUAGCGCUAGUACUAGUGCCACCCCAGACCCUGCUACCGUAACGAGCAAGUUCAACAAAGAGAAAUGGGUAGCCUCCCUCACUGCCGAGCAACGCGAUCUUCUCCAGCUGGAGAUCGACACCCUCGACGAGAGCUGGCUAGCCCAUCUCAAGUCGGAGAUAGUCACCAAGGAAUUUUUAGAUCUCAAACGGUUCCUGAAGAAAGAAUGGGAGAGCGGUAAGACGAUAUUUCCGCCCAAGGAGGAUAUUUACAGCUGGUCCCGCCACACCCCCCUCCCCACCGUCCGCACCGUCAUCCUCGGCCAAGACCCCUACCACAACCACAACCAAGCCCACGGCCUCUCCUUCUCCGUGCGGCCUCCCACGCCCGCCCCUCCCUCCCUGCGCAACAUCUUCAUCGGUCUCACCCGCGACUACCCCUCCUCUUUUACUCCCCCCCCUGCCAAGGGGGGUUUACUUACCCCCUGGGCCGACCGCGGCGUUUUGCUGCUGAACACUUGUCUGACGGUGCGCGCGCACGAAGCGAAUUCGCAUUCCAACAAGGGUUGGGAGCGCUUUACCCAACGGGUUAUUGAUUUGGUUAAUGAAAGACAGAAGCGGGGAGUGGUGUUCAUGGCGUGGGGAGCACCGGCGGGAAAGAGGGUGAGUAAGGUGGACGAAAAGAGGCAUUUGGUGUUGCGGAGUGUGCAUCCCAGUCCGUUGAGCGCGCACAGGGGGUUUUUUGAGGCGGGCCAUUUUAGGCGGGGGAAUGAGUGGUUGGAAAGUAGGUAUGGGAGGGCGGGGAGGGUGGAUUGGAGUUUGGUGGAGGGGAGGAGUGUGUUUGAUGAUGAGGUGGUGGAAGAGGAGAAGAAGAAAGAGGUGAAGGGUGGAGAGGAGGAGGAGGAUGAUGAGUUUGAAGGUGGAGAGAUCUUUGAUGAGGAGGGGUUGAAGGAGGUUGAGGCUGUUGUUGAGAAGGUUGAGACGGGGGAGGGGAAGGAGGAGGAGAUGAAGACGGAUUUGUUGGUGAAAAAGAAGGAGAAAGAAAGUGAUGAGAAUGCUGUUCCUGAAGAGGAGCAGAUGGAAAAGAUGGAGGAGGAGUGAUGACUAGGCGUUUGGAUGGGCCAUUGGCUUGCACAUAUUUGUCUGUGAGCGCUGGGUUGCACAUGUUGUUUAUACCCAUGCGGUUCCUGUGUUGCAAGGAGCCAGUUUUUGAUUGGACAUAGGCGACGUAUACUAUAUGCUUCGGUUCUUCAGGGUCGGUGUUCGGAGUUAUGCGUCAUUAUUGUUCUUGGGUCUAGCUCUGGUGAGUUUACAUAGAGCAUCAGGGAUAAAAAGGCGCUCGUCAUAGUUCAAUGAAGCAAAGCAUGAAAGCAA